GCAUCCCAUUUAAUAAAACCCAAUGUCAUAUUCAUCAAAACUUAUGUGAAUACUCGAGUUUUAUAUGAGAGCCCGGAAAACUACGGGCAAAGGAUGGAUUUGUCCUGCGCACCUUGGCGACGUUCCAAAUGGCCGACACCACCAGCAUCUCAACCCACCAUUUGGCUAGCAAGGGACGAGAGUAGUUUCACGUGAGAAGUUGAGGAUUCUUCUUUUACAUGGGGCGCAUCAACGCGAUGUUUCAUCGCUAUCAAAGUGUUGGUGCGAAAACGAGUCAAAGUGCCUUUAGGCUCCUCAUUGCGACACAAAAUCUUUCUUACCACGUACAACGAAUUCUAGAAUAACAUGCCUAGUCCACGGGCUUCUCCCAUGAGGUCUUUCUUCAGAAGCUUUGAGGGUAAGCACAUCAGUUUCUUCCCCAACCUGCCCCCGUACUCCGAUCCCAGGGCAUCCUCUCGGUCCUCCCAAAGCCAUGGAUCCCCUACGCGCAACUUAUGCGCCUCGAUCGGCCUGCCGAUCUCUAUGCCUUCUGCUUCUCGUAUCUCACCGGGCUGGCCUACUCCGCCUGUGGAGCACCCGAAACUCCUGAGCCGGCUUCCCUACUCAAGUUAUUCGCGAUCUUUCUCCCUUUCAGCAUCGUCCUCCUCGGCGCCGUGUGCACAUGGAAAGAUACCACCGAUCAACACAUCAACCGGCACGUAGCGCGAACCCGGCACCGGCCUCUCACCCGGGGCGCCGUCUGCGCCACCGAAGCGAACGUCUUCGCUCUAGCGCAGCUCUCCCCCUCUCCCUCUUCCACAGACUUGCGCAUCUUGCCCCAGCCACAGCUCGACACACCUCCACCGCCGUGAUCCAAUUCGUCUACUACGCGCUCAUGAAGCGCAUGUCGCAUUACCCGCAGGUGGUCCUCGGCUGGACUGUGUUCUCCGCCCCGCUCCGCUCCGCGCCGACACGUACCCGUACGACAGGCCAACACUCGCGCUGUUCGGCGCGAACGCCCUAUGAGCUAUGACCUACGGCGCAGUCUACGCGCACCAGGACGUGGCGGACGACGCGCAGGCUGGCAUCAAGAGCAUGGCGCUGCGGUUUCGGGACAGCAUGGAGGCGCUGGUCAGCCUACUCUCAGUCGUGCAGGUCGCCUUGCUGGGGCUGUGCGGGAUGUGGGCUUGAUUCGGACUUUUGUAGGUGUGGCGGCUGCGAUGGCCUAUUACGUGUACGAAGUCGAUCUAGGACGCCCCGAUAGCUGCGGUAUGUGGUUUCGCAGGCAGUUUUGGAUGGUGGGCGCAGCGUUUGUGGCCGGAUUUGUUGGGGAGUAGGUACUUUUCACAGAUGGAAUACCUAGGUAGGUAUUUUAGCUCUACUGAAAAGUGAAGUACCUACCCAUGGCGUAAGACGCCGGAAUGAAUUGUUUCGGUAUCUAUCUACCUACCUACCUACUCAGCUAAGCAAAUAAACCUCUUAUUCCGUAUUAAAUUCUUAGUCAUGUAUCUCUUAGCUCAGUAAAUACUUGUCAAGUCUAACCCCUUUUUCAGAAAGUUUUGUCUCUCCUAGGUAGGUAGGUAGCCUGUUGAAACCAUGAUC